UGCUUAUAAAUAUGAAAAUGCUUUGAAUGCAGCUGUACAUUUUUCUGAGGAAAAGUAGAGAAUAUUGAAAGGAAAAGGAAAAGAGAAAAGAGGAGCUGGUAUAUGUUCUUUGCCACCUUUCUUCCCUAGAAGAAAAGAAUCAAACAUUGUGCUAGAUACAUCAAACCAAGAAAAAAAUGUUUUCCCUCUUCUUAAACAUAUGUAGAAUGUCUAUUGAUAUCUCCAUCUCCAUUUCCAUUUCCAUCCCCAUUAUGAAGCCUGCAACAGCAGUUGUCUUUCGCUUAAUUGUUUACAGAAAGAGAGGCUUUUGUGUAUGUUUAUAUUGAUGUCUCCAUCUCCCUCUCCAUCUCCAUUGUGAAGCCUACAGCAACAGUUGUCUUUCUCCUUAAUUGUUUACAGAAAGAGAGGUUGAAGUAUUGCUUUGUUUGUCAUCAGACGUGGCUAUGCCUGUCCUUGAUGCUCUGAUUUCCAUUGGAGGUUCCAUUGGGGGAAAAGUUGUUGAAUUAUUGGUGGAGCCAGUUGGGCGUCAAUUCGGUUAUGUCUUCUAUCGAAUGAAAUACAUUGAAGAUUUGAGAGACCAAGUUAAAAAGUUAGAGGCUCGGAGAAAAGACGUAGAAGACAUCAUUGAUGCAGCAAAAAGGAAUGGGGAAGAAAUUCUAGAAACUGUCAAGAUUUGGAUUGAAAAAGUCGAUAGGUUCAUAGAUGCUAAAAAGUUACUAGAAGAUGGUACUAAUGUGAACCAGAAAUGUUUCAAUGGGUGGUUUCCUGAUUUGGUCACACGUCGCCGGCUAGGUAAAGAAGCAAAAAAUAAAGCAGAGGAGGCUAAAGAGCUAGAAACAAAUGGCUACUUUAGUAACAUAUCCAAACCAGCACCUCCCUUGGGGAUGGAGUCCGUACCCUCAGAAAGGCUCGUGGCUUACGAGACCACAAAUUUGGCAAUGAUGAAUGUAAUGCAGGCACUGCGUGACGACAAAAUCAACUUUAUUGGAAUACAUGGUAUUGGGGGCGUUGGAAAGACAACUUUAGUAAAAGAAAUUGGGAAAAAAGCUGAAUCAGAUAAGCUUUUUGAUGAAGUUGUGAUGGCUGUAGUGUCUCAGAAUGCAGACAUUAAAAAGAUUCAAGAUCAAAUAGCUGUCAUGUUAGGCACCAAAUUUACUAAUCAGAUGAGUGAAAUUGAAAGAACAAGCGCGCUUUGGGCAAGACUCAAGAACGUGAAGAAGAUCCUUGUUAUAUUAGAUGAUGUUUGGGACAGACUUGAAUUGACAACCUUGGGAAUUCCAUUUGGCCAAGAUCAUGAGGGCUGCAAAAUCAUAAUCACAACACGGCGUGAGCAAGUAUGCAGAACCAUGGGAAAUGAAUGGGAGAAGACAAAGAUAGUCCGGCUUGAUGUUUUAUCUGAACAAGAUUCAUGGGACUUAUUCAGAAAGAACGUUGGCGACUUUGUUGCCACUUCUGCGUUGAAUGAUGUCGCCAAAGAGGUUUGUAAAGAAUGUGGAGGACUUCCCAUAGCAAUAGUUACGGUUGCAAAGGCAAUGAAAGGUAAAUCUAACCCUGAAGAAUGGAAAAAUGCAGCUCAAGAAUUAAAAAAAUCAUUGCCAACAAACAUUGAAGAUGUCAAUAAAAAAGUGUAUCAAAUUCUGAUGUGGAGUUAUGAUUACUUGCAAGAUGAGGAAGCCAAGGCUUGCUUCUUGCUUUGUUCUCUGUUUCCCGAGGAUGAUGACAUCUUAGUAGAAGACUUGGUACGAUAUGGGAUGGGGUUGAGAUUAUUCAAAAAUGUUGAUACAGUGCAAGAAGUCAGGGGCAGAGCAAAGUCAGUGAUCAGCAAUCUCAUAGAUUCCUGUUUGUUAUUAGCUAGUGAUGAACAAGAUUGCAUUAAAAUGCAUGAUGUCGUACGUGAUGUUGCCAUAUUUAUUGGAUCCAAAAAGCAUUUUGUAAGAGCUGGUUGCAAUUUGAAAGAUUGGCCAAAUAUGGAUAGUUUGGAUCAAUACACUGGCAUAUCGUUGAUGAGAAAUCAAAUCAGUAACCUUCCUGAGGUCUUGGAAUGUCCAAAGCUCCAAAUAUUACUAUUACAAGACAAUGGAAAUGCAUGGUCAUGUUCACAUGAAUUCUUUUCAAGGAUGAAAGCACUGAGUGUUUUAGAUUUGAGCCAACUUGGCCACAAUUUUGACAAUUUAAUUCGUAGUCCUGAUGCUUUCAAUAACCAAAUGUGUCUUCGAACAUUAGUUCUUGACGGAAUUAAGUUUGGGGACACUAAAUUUCUUGGACAGUUAAAGACGCUUGAAGUCCUUAGCUUCAGGCAUGCCUUCUUUUCUGAGGCACCAAAUGCUAUAAGGGAGUUAACUAAUCUAAGGUUGUUGGACAUGACUGAAAGCCGUCAUGAAUUUCCAAUUCCGGCCACAAUGGUAUUGCCUUUAUUCCAUUUGGAGGAGUUGUACUUGUUUGGCAUCACAUCUUCGAGUAUCGGAUACCCUGCAGUGGAAGUAGUUGCUGCACUAAGAUCUUUGCCUCGCCUAAAAAUGCUAACCAUUUCCAUACCUGACAUUGCGGAUAUACCCAAGGACUUUGUUUUUCCUGAGCUGGAAAGUUUUAUUAUUUUUAUUGGAAAAUCGAGUUCAGAGGCGAGCGUUGAAAAUUAUUCCCCAAAUUAUUUGGUACUUGGAAAUUUGGUUGGAACCAUGGUUUAUUGGAGUAAAUGGCUAAAGAUGGUGUUGAAGAGAGCUACACGUCUAAAGAUUGUAGAUUGUUCUCAAUUCGAAUACUUGAUCAACACAGAGGAAUGGGGGAUUUCAUCACAGGCACAACCACGUGAUCUGCAAUUCCUCUUCAACCUGGAAGAAUUGGAACUCUCUUAUUUGCCUAUUUUCAAAGGGAUAUGCGCAGCAAGUGCACUUACUACUUCCAGCUGGGUGGGCUUCCUAAAGCUCAGAAGCUUGGAUGUGUACAGCUGUCCUUCACUAUCAACUGUUCUUCUUCCAUUCAAUUUGCUUCAAAGGCUACAACAUUUGGAGUGGCUUUGGGUAGGAGAAUGCGAGAAAUUGGAACAAGUAUUUGAUUUUGGUUCUGAAGGAGAAGGCAUGAAGCUGCUUUCUAGUUUGAGAGAGAUAUAUCUAUGCAAGUUGCCUAGAUUGAAGCAUAUAUUGAACUGCUCCAGUCAAAUGAUAGAUAUUCUAAUUUCCAUUGGAGGAAAAGUCGCAGCAUUAUUGGUGGAGCCAGUUGGGCGCCAGAUCAGUUAUGUGAUUCACAGAAAGAAAUACAUAGAAAAUUUGACAAUCCAAGUUCAAAUUUUAGAGGCUCUACGAAUUGAAGUGCAGAGAUCCAUUGUUCAUGCAAAAAAUAAUAGAGACGAAAUUCGAGAAGAUGUCAACCACUGGACUACAAAAGUUGAUGGGUUCAUAGUGGAGGCUAAAAAAUUUCUGCAAGGCGGUUCCAACGUGAACAAGAAAUGUUUCAGUGGGUGGUUUCCUGAUUUGGUCACACGUUGCCGGCUAGGUAAAGAGGCAAAGGACACUAAAUUUCUUGGACAGUUAAAGACGCUUGAAGUCCUUAGCUUCAGGCAUGCCUUCUUUUCUGAGGCACCAAAUGCUAUAAGGGAGUUAGCUAAUCUAAGGUUGUUGGACAUGACUGAAAGCCGUCAUGAAUUUCCGAUUCCGGCCACAAUGGUAUUGCCUUUAUUCCAUUUGGAGGAGUUGUACUUGUUUGGCAUCACAUCUUCGAGUAUCGGAUACCCUGCAGUGGAAGUAGUUGCUGCACUAAGAUCUUUGCCUCGCCUAAAAAUGCUAACCAUUUCCAUACCUGACAUUGCGGAUAUACCCAAGGACUUUGUUUUUCCUGAGCUGGAAAGUUUUAUUAUUUUUAUUGGAAAAUUGAGUUCUUGGGAGAGGGUUGCAAAUUACUCCCCAAAUUAUUUGGGACUUGCAAAUUUGGUUGGAACCAUGGUUAAUUGGAGUAAAUGGCUAAAGAUGGUGUUGAAGAGAGUUACACGUCUGAGGAUUGAAGAUUGUUCUGAAUUGGAAUACUUGAUCAACACAGAGGAAUGGGGGAUUUCAUCACAGGCACAACCACGUGAUCUGCAAUUCCUCUUCAACCUGGAAGAAUUGGAACUCUCUUAUUUGCCUAUUUUCAAAGGGAUAUGCGCAGCAAGUGCACUUACUACUUCCAGCUGGGUGUGCUUCCCAAAGCUCAGGAGAUUGGAUGUUGGGUUUUGUCCUUCACUAUCAACUGUUUUUCUUCCAUUCAAUUUGCUUCAAAGGCUACAACAUUUGGAUCUUUCGGUAGUAGAAUGCGAGAAAUUGGAACAAGUAUUUGAUUUUGGUUCUGAAGGAGAAGGCAUGAAGCUGCUUUCUAGUUUGAGAGAGAUAUAUCUAUGCAAGUUGCCUAGAUUGAAGCAUAUAUUGAACUGCUCCAGUCGUCAACAUGUGCAACUCGGCAACCUAAGAUCUAUGGAAGUCCAUUCAUGUGGCAAACUGAAAUAUGUCUUCCAACCUUCCAUAGCUCAAGCUCUUCAUCAACUUGAAUUUCUUUUGGUAAUUGGCUGUGAAGAAAUGGAGGAAAUUGUUGCUGCGAAGCAAAAUGAAGGGCAACAACAAGAAGAAGAGAGAGUGGACUACAAGAUGGUGUUCAAAAGUCUCAAAAAUCUCGCCCUUAGGCAUCUUCCAAACCUAAGUGGUUUCUGCACAGGAGGAGACGACUUUCGUUUUGAAUGGCCAUCCUUGGAACGACUUGAAGUGGUAGACUGCCUCAAAAUGAAGACUUUCGCUGCCACUACUUCCGGCAGCACACCAAAACUGAAGGAAGUUAGAUUGGGAUUGUUUGUAUCCGGGAUACCGCUACAGGGGAUGGACUUGAAUCAGUUUGUGCAAACCCAUAUACAUCAUUUCAAAGCCACCUAACUAAGGCAGCUCCUGAAAAUGAAAUCUAAUUGUGAACCAAAUUAUGAAUUUAUGAGGAAUAAGUGGCCAAUUCAUGAUUGUCAACCAUAAAGAAUGUUGAGCUGUUCCCUAUGGUUAUGUGAUGUCUACCUUAGGAUUUUAUUGUGUAAGGGCAUACGCUUCCUAUGAUUUGUGUUUCUAAAUAAUUGUCUUGCUUUGCAAUAUCAAAACUACUACUCUAAAUAAAGGUACGUUUACCUAAUGUGUGCUAAAGAUUUGAAGAGUGAAUAAAGGGGAAAAAAA